AUGUCAAUAGAUGGAGGAGUUAGUCAGGCUGUGAUUGGCGAAAGUUGCGAUCCGUCUGCCAAUCAUCUUGUUCGAUUUUCUGAUCAAAACCCGUGUACAACAGCAAAAAAGAAACUGGUGUUGAAAAAUAUGAGGUUUGUAAUAGGUUGUGCACACUGAAGUUAUACAGUUGAUGCUGAACAAUGCGGGAUAGAACUCUCAAGGUUUUGUGGUUUAAGGUGCCAAAGCUCUGACCAGGUGUUACUGCAUGGGAUGGCCGAUUGGGAUACUGUACGUACAUACGUAUACAGUAUAUGUACAACACACUCAACGCGGGAUAUUCAGUCAAACAAUUAUUCACCGAAGUAGACCAUAGCCUAUCGAAGGGAAGAUGGCUGUGAAACUCAUUAGAAUAACAAAUAACUCAUUAUCGAUGUUUGUCAACGUUUAUUCAUAAAUCUGGUCCUUCACCGUCACGUGUGUAUUUUUGCCAAAUCCACCAAUAGCAAUUUCCCAAUUGUUCGAGUCACAAAUAGGUAACUUUCCUGAAACAUUCCUAUUGUUUAGUUGGGCAAAAAUACAAUAUACACGAUGAAGGACCAGAUUUAUGAAUAAACAUUGACCAACAUAGAUAAUGAGUUAUAUUGUUAUUCUAAUGCGAUUCACAGCCAUCUUCCCUUCGGUGAAUAUCCUUGCACUAUUCACCGUCAUGGAGGUUGAAUAGUUUUAGGUUCCAUAACAAAAAUAAAUUACCAAAUUUUUAAAUUAAUUUUGUAUUUCAGCUUCCGUAAUAGGUGAAACAAAACAGUAUUUACACGCUUUUGGUAAUUUUAUUCAUCAGAAAUAACUUUAAUUAAUUAAAGAAUACCUCUACACACUGUUGAACAGUGUUUGGCGAAACCGCAGCUUCGUUUAGCAGAAACAUUUGCUCGUCUAUAACCGGAACAAAACGGCAGCCAUUUUGUUUUUGUUCUGAGGCGAAUAGUGCAAGGAUAUCCGGAGCUGAGCAACCAAUCAGAUUGCGUGAAAAGCACUAUCCACCGCCGGAGUAUAUGCUAACAUGAUUUCUACAGUCAUAUCCUGGCCAUUCUGCUGCAUGUGGACAACAAGCAUGCAGUACUUCUAUAAAACUCGUAUACGUGAAUUAAAUAUCCUGUAUACAUAUAUAAUAUUUCUGUGUCCGCGCGGGCGGAGCGUUCAUUGUUUUUGAAGCCCGUCACGCCCGCGUGAGCAGAUUUUCAAAGCCCGCUCCGCCCGCGCGGGCAAAGCGACUGCAAUGGAAAAUUGCCUGAAGUCGGAAGUGUCAGUAUAGUCCGAUAACUUGUAUGUUAAACCGAAGACUUCGAUUCCCGGUCGGGACAGUCAGGAAGGAAUUUUCAGCAAGUGAUUCGACCCACAAAUUAGGUUUUCACGACAAUUUCGUAUUCUCUCGCAUCUCAAAAUCCGCAGACUUUUCUCUUAGAAACCAUAUGAAGUUAUAUAAACACACUUGAAUGUUUCUUGCAGCAAUGUACCUCUACCUUUCAAGUGGAAAAUAAUGAAACCUUGCAUGAAAGAAACAGAGAAUGAUAAGAACAGACAAGAGUCCCAGGCUAUUGAUAAACAUUCCGUGUACAGCAUUAGUCCAAGCUCUGGAAAAUUCCAACCUGAUGCCAGUUUCGAGUUUGAAGUGACGUCAUCACCAAUCGAGGUACGUUAAACAACCCGAGUUUACAUCAGUGAGAUCUCUAUAUAUAUCUGGAACAAGAACUUCACUCAUUCGGCCUGUGAGAAAAGUGAAGGCAAGAUGGCGGAAUUGACGUCCAAAAUCUAUGAAGGUCGUAAAUAGUCAUCCAUUGUCAUAAUUAAUUGGCGAUGUGAAACUGUAUGUGAGUUUUUGGCUAACUUGUUAAGUCUUGCUUAAUUUUUAAAGGUUGACGACUUUCACAGCGUGGCUCAUCUUGUGUUGGAAAAAGUUCCAGUGUUGAACUCGACAGGAAACAUACCACAGGAAGAAGACGUAACUUCAAUGAAAGUUGAGUUCAAGAUGUCGUCUAAGGUAAGAUAAUUACACCUGAAAGAAUAUUCGUGUGGAAUGACGUUCAACGCCAUGGCGGACCUUAAGAAGUAGGGGGAUUCAACCGUGUUUUGACCCCAUGCAUGUAUACCGCAUUUUGGUAUGCCCAUUGUAGAUUAUAUAUACCACUUUCGCUUGGGUCUGGUAAAUGUCCGCUCAAGUGUGCAGUUGCUCGGUCAUUGGCUAAUAAUGGUCAGCCAGCUUUCCAAUAUUACAUUGAUAGCUCGCGGUGAUCCCUUCCCGCAUGACCAAUCAUCGUCAAUCAUAAUUAACUUUUGGUAAGCAGUCCCAGCGAUUCAUGCAACCGAGAAUUUCUUGGUUUUAUGGAUAUUGUUUUCGAAUUUCUGCUUGUCUGGUACCAUAAACGUGUUACCAUAAUUUUUUGUUGUUCGUCACAGCGAAGCCAAGAAAGUGUUUUGUGCAUUUAUUUAAAUGAAAACUGCCCAUUUCGGAUUUGAAAUAUUUCAGAAUAUUUCAUAUAACUAUAUUUCAGAGUACGUGACUUCAAAGUAGAGUAGAGCCAGUAGUUUCUAUUUUGUAUUCUUUGCAUUCAUAUUCCACUAUGCAGCAAUUUUCAAUGUUUGGUUCUGCAGUGAAGAUCCAAUUACCUGAAAAAGACAUUUGAGGAUAGGUGUAACUAUUCAUAAAACAUGCAUAUGAGUUAAUUUUAUAUUGUUCCUUAUCCAGCCUUUCCAAAUUAUGGUUGAUCCGCCUCUUCUGUUGAUACCAGGGAAACGUUUAGUUGGAAAGAUGUAUAAAUUUCGUAUUAAGGUAACGUACAGUUGGGUUAACAUUGUUACACUGGGGGCUCCAUAUGCGUAGGAAUAAACCACGAAUAAAAUAAAUCGAUGUUCAUGAUGACUUUGUUUGCGAUUAACUACCAAAAUUCUAAAGUAGAAUAGUCUAUGCAACCAAUAUGAUGCGAAAUAUAGGAUGAACUCGCGAAGUAUCAAAUCACAACAGUGUAUAUACAUAUGUCAUUACGUUUCCCCAAUGACGUCAAUAUUAAAAUUGUACUGUGAGCAAAAGCAAACUGAUUUGUUAUUUUUAAUAUGACUUGAUAAUAUCCCCUAACUUUAAAAACCAACAAAUUUAUAACAAUGAAGUGAUUCUCCAAGAAGAUAUACUCAUUUUCGACUAUUUUCUAUAUAUAAACGAUGCAAGUAUUACAAAUAAGGCGAAAUCCCUGACCAUGGUAUAGAAAUUAAACUAUACAUGACAUGGAUAACAGACCCGCUCAACAACGUACGUUGUUAAUUCAACUUAAAAAAUUAUCUUCUGUCAUCCCUAUUUUGUAGAUAAAGAAUAAUAGUGUAUCAAAAACAUGGUAUGAAUGGGAAAAAUCACCUGUGAUUGAUAUCCAGCCCAAGUCAGGUUACCUUGGUAAGCCAGAGUAUAUUAUCACAGAUUAAGUAUAUACCAGGGGCCGGUUGUAUAAAAAUGUUAUUAAAGUUAACUAUAGUUAGUGCAAACGUCAUCCAAUUAAAAGCGCGUAUUUGAGAGUAUUACACUAUUUAACUACAAAAUAGUGAUUAUAAAAAAGUGAUAAGAGUUUUAUACAACCGACCCCUGAUGUGUAACUUAAUAGGACUACGUGUCCUCAAAUUUCCCUAGAUGUACACGUCAUGCUCACGCCAUGACACUUGCUAGCAAAAUGGCGUCCUGAAAAACACGAACUUUUGGAUUUUAUUGCUGCUUUUUUGGAUCGAAAUUUAUUGAUUAAACAGUCAAGACCAUCAUUUGUUGAAUGUCUAAAGUUGUUGUAAAAAAGUGUUGUAAAGUUGUUGUACUUGUUGUAGAAAAGGUGUUGAAAGCAUUUUUGAAAGCAAUGACGUAUUACCAAAUGACGAAUAAUCACGCGAGCGACACUUGCUAGGAAGAUGGCGACCAUGGGACAACUUUUUUACUGAAGUUAUACAUCUGUCCAUACUUAAUCUAUGGUAUUAUGCAUAGUAUUAUACAUGUUCCUAUUACAACCCACACCCGGGAUUUGCAGAUUUUUUAUUUCUGAACUGUCAAUUCCCCACCCCCGGGUAAAUAAAGAAAAGCCAAUUCCUCACUCCGGGGACAACAUUCACAAACCAUUACUGCACACAAACACGUUAUCAUAAUUUCACAAAUGUCGACCAUUAAGCCAUCGAACGUGUUCACUACGGCUAUGUUACUGUAGGUAGUGUUACACGAGACAUUUGUUCUCGAAACUUGCAACGCACGCAAUCUCUGAUCUACAUGCAGGCAUGUUUAACCCAUUGAGCGCCGGCACUCUCCCCUUGGCGAUUAAAAUCGUCUAGCAUUAGACUGAGUAAAAUAAUAGAGUAGGACGCAUUAGCACCCAAUACAAUCCAUCAAUCAACGCCAUCUUUAAUAGUCGAGAAACAGCUCGCAGCGGCUGCGAGUUUGCAGGCUAGGCUCAAACAGGCUUCGUAGCGGUCUUUGAAAUCCUUGAAAGUCUUUAAAUUUGAAUGCAGGUCUUUAAGGUCUUUGAAAAGUCUUUGAAUUGUGUGAAAAAGUGAAGAAAGUCUUUAAUAAUUAAAAGACUUUAAAAUUAAUUCUUUAGUGAGUAUUUGAUUAUACAAUUUCCUAGCUAAUAAAAUAGAUUGAUUGAAGAGCAAGCAAGGUUUUCGCAAAUAUCGACGAAAAGGUACAUUUUUAGAUAUGAUGUGGCGGGACUGAUUACUGGGCAAAAAUGGUGCUUAUACACUCGCAAUUUUUCGACAGCUGAUUGCUCUCAAAGGUCUUUGAAAAUAGGCAGAAAAAAUCUUUGAAAGUCUUUGAAUAUUUUUGGCCUUGGAGACUACGAACCCUGCCCAAAGACCCUCGCUUGUGAACACUACUGAGUAUUGUUCGUUGUCAACCUGGAUCUAGGGCCUUCUAUUUAUAUUUUAGCACGUUUUCACGUUAGGGGAAUUGGUUGUGUUGUCUCACUGCACUUGCAAUAAGGCAUUGAUGUUUAAAAAUAUGUAGAAUUCUUAUUUUAACACUUGUUUGUAUCUGCCAUAGAUAUUGACCAAGAAGAAAGCAUGGAAUUAAAUCUAUGCGGGACACAAGCUGGGAACUUUGCGUCAACAGUGAAAUGUCACGUGAAUUAUUCAACAGAACCCAUAUACGUCCACGUGAAAGCAAACUUCGAGGUAAUUGUCUGGAUAAGUGUUGAUAUCAUGCUCAGCUUUAUCCAAUAAUUGUUUCUUGUUCUUCUGAUGACUUUCAGGGUCCUUUUGUGAGAGUAGAAAAUGCAGAUAUUGAUUUUGGUUUAGUGAGAUUUUCCUGUUCGGCUGUUCAAACUAUAACGAUAACAAAUCUCUCUGAAGUUGCUGCCGUUUGGUGCCUUAAAGAAGCUUUGCCUUAUAAUCUCAUCAAUAUUGACAAGGUUAGUUCUAUAAUAUGUAAUAUUUUGUAUUCAGGAGGUAGCUAAUAUUCGGGUUUAUAGCCCUGAGACAAAACGCCCUUAGCAAAUUAAGCCCCCGUCCCGUCCGUUUUCUCUGGGGGAUAGUGGUCCAGCAGUUGGAAGAUGUAAACAACCAAAGCAUUAAAACGUGAUAUAUGGCAAAUAUGGAGAGGACUACAACACGUAAAUUAAGAAACAAGAAACAUAGAGCUAUUUGCAAGCGUUUUAGUUUAUAUUUUUGGGGUUAAUCAAGGGAAAUGAGCUCAGCAUUGAAAACAAAAUAUUUAUUUUGCUGACAUUUUGCUCCUUGUACUUAUUUAGAUCUUGGGGUGAACCACUCUCCUGUUUUUCUAACAACAAAUUACUACAAUAUUCGUACAAAUAUGAAAAGAAAUUGUCGUCCCAGAGAAAUAUUAUGCGAGUUUAGUGAACCAUAUCCAACACAUAAAUACUACACACAUACAUAAUUAAAGGAUACAACGAUCUUUCAAAGUACAAGUUACAACUUCUAUCAUUCAAAAAGCACAGCAUCACAAUUAUUCAAAUUCCAACUUAAUUAAAGCGAUCAAUUUACAAGAAUAGAAAUCAAGCAGGUCAGUCAGAAAUACACUCAAGCAGGCUAGGUGUUUCGACAAAUCCACGCACAGAACAUAUGUUAACCUUAUAUUUAAAUCUAUUCAUUGGCUAUCUUGUACAUAAAAAACCUGCGUAUUUUACAUAUAAAACCUAUCUUGUACAUAUAAAACCUGCCUAUUUUUAGGGAUACAAAGAAAUGCCUUCGGAAUUUCAAUUUAGUCCACAGAAUGGAGAACUUGGAGCGUUUCAAAAAGUUGAUGUUCGUGUAGUUUUCACGCCUUUGACCUGCAGAAGAGUCAGAAGUGUGCUCCAAUGUGAUGUACUGGGAAAUCCACCAAGGUUUAAAGUUUUAUUUCCUAAGGAGGAUUGUGGAAAUAUUGGAUAGCUUUGAGCUUCUUUUAUCACAAUGUCUGAGCAUACAUUCAAUUUUUUGUUGUUUUUUACGUAAUCCUUAUACUUUUCCAAUAACUUCUAGCAUUUCUUUCCAACUUAGUUACAUACGAGCGACGGCCGAGGUUCAAAACCCAGAAAUAUGUAUUCUGUCCUCGAACGUUGUCUUGGAAGAAGUGUAUGUUGAUGUGCCAGUUGUGAAGGAAAUUGUGUUGGAGAACAAAACCUUGUUGUCUUCCAAUAUCUCCUGGAAACAGGUAUAUCAUCAAAUGCUCAUGCAGUCAAGAAUUUGUAGUCUUUUUGCUUUGCUACAUUUUUUACAAUUUUAAAAUGGAGAUGUUUAUUUCUAUUUCACGACACAAACUCGGUGAUCGUUAGUCUCGACGAUACAAAACCAAAUUUAUUGAACGAUCAUGCAUUCGAAUAAUAGGAAUUGCAUCUUGGCACAGGUAUUAAUAGGAAUUACAUGUCCAUGCAUGAGUGGUAAGCAAGACGUUUCUUGGAGAUUCCUAAAUAAAACUGUAGGAAAAUAAUAUACGAAGAGCAAUUUUUUUUUAAUUUACUAGUGUCUUGGAGAAGAUUCACAAUUCUGUUCAGUGAAAUUCCAACCCAGUAGUUGUACUAUUGGACCACGAGAACGGAAGAUUUUUACUGUUUCAUUUACUGGAUCAAGGGAAGGUCCUUUAAAUAAUAUAGUUGCUGUAUGUGAAGCACAGGGAAUGGAGAAGUUCAUAUAUUUAUCAUUUUCUGGAACAGUGCGUGGCUUGGAGGUUACGUUUAGAACUGAAACUGUUCACACAGAAGAUCAAAUGUGAGUAUGAAUUGACUGUAAAGUAUGGUGUUUACCUGCCACUCCGAGGAAAACUUGUAAAUUUGACAAGAAUCUUUAAGAUUGAAAAAUUUGGGCUUCAGCUAGCGUUGGUCGCUGUAUAACUACCGUCAUAUAUUGUUGAAACUGAAAGGCCCUUCGUCAGAAGAGUUGGUGAACGCUCUCGUUUGUGUAGUCUAUCCCAUGCAGGCCGGGCCAAGGUAAUUGUAAUACACUUUGGCCAUGUAGACCAAUUAAGGCCAACGAUCCCAGUGGGCCUAGCCCUGAUCUACGCCUACAAAUCUGGGCCAAUCCCCGCUAGGCUAGUGUUUGUUUACAAAGUGUAGGCUAACAUAGCAAGAUUCGGGCUAUAGGCAAAGGUUUACAGUGUAAAUAAAGACGGCUUAACGUCUCAACAUUGAUACUUUACUUUAUUUUACAGAGAUAUUCCAAAAGAGGUAGAUGAAAACCAGCUUAGUUUAAACUACGGAAAGACUGGUCUUGGUGAAACGCCAAAAGCUUUGGUAAUCCUCACUAAUAAAACUGCAAUAGCUACAAAGUUCAACGUUGCAGUGGAAUAUUUUUGUGCUGCUAGAACACCUACUCCACCAACAGGUAAGUUGACAUAAUCAUAACAAGACAGACCGAAAGCGGUGUUUUCUCAUUAUAUAUAGUAUUUACAGGAUGUUCAAGGUAGUUGGAUGAGUAGUUACAUGACGUUAUAAAUAAUUCCUAUAGUAUUUAGGAGACGUUUAUAUAACCCACUUGUAUGUGGUGUUAUGUGGUUCUUCCUUUCAUUGCCAAUGUAUAAAAAUUGUUUUAUUGUUUGUGUUUCUUCUAGAAGGUUCUGGAAAGCGAAAUAUUCGGUAUGUUUAGCACUAAAGGUUUUUUAACAUAUGAUCACAAAAUCAGCUGAACACACACUGUACUGUAUUAUAUCUAACAUUGCUUGUCUAACAUUUUCACUUUUCGUCCAAAUUUAUUACGUACUUCAUAUUUAGAAAUAGUGUUAUCACACUGGAUAUGCGGACAUUAGGCCACGCGCUCAUCUUAAUUGUUUGUGAAAUCAUCUUACCGAAGCAUUUUUGUUUCCUAAACUUCAGCUAAGCAUUCCCCAUUAUAAUUGAUCACAGUAUAUGAAUGUGCCGCAGAAACGGUUUGUAACACUUAAUUGUCUAUGCUUCCUUAAUAUUGUAAACUGGAACAUAUUAAAAGGUCCGUGUCCGCAUUAAAAUUAAACCUUAGUUAUUGUUUGAAGGAAAUUGAAGUAAAAAAGGAAUAGAUUUUGAAGAUGCAUGCAUUUUGAUUUAAUAGAUUUCUUGAUAAGUAAACGUAUGUCAUCCUUUCAAAUUUGAUAUAACCGUUCUUUUACCCAUUAAGUUGCAUUGCGCCCCAAUACGCCCUACUUUAUUAUUUUGUACCUUGUCUAACUCCAGACGAUUUUACUCGUCAAGCGGAGAGAGUGCUGGUAUUCAAUGGUUAAUUAAAUUUCAUGACAUCAACACGUGUAAUCAAUAUAAUUUUUAACUUCGACUUCAACUUUGACAUGUGUGGACUUUUCCCGUUGCCUCAAACCAACUCGUUUCUCUUUAGAGGAAAUAGCAUAUUAGCGAGAAGUCCAAACAUUGCUGAUCCUUUAAGUAAGACGCCAACAAAGGCACAAGCAGGUAAGACUCAACUUUUGAAUCCGCUUGCUGUCCUUUUCCUGGAUAUUAAUAACCGAGCGGAAGAGGUGCCCUCACCCCGGACUGACGCGCCGUUGCUUGGUUAGCUCUUGUUCCACUUCAGUAAAAUCUUGUUGUUUGGACACUUGAUGUUUUAUAUCGGCAGUUGAUCUCAGGAAUGGAAAAAUAUUUUACUUUCUGGGACCGCAAGAUAACAUUGAAACAUUUUAUGCGAGUAAUCAAGUAGCGACACUCGGGCGCUAUAACUGUGUAACACUAACAAGUUGUCAAACUGAAUGUCAUGCUAUAUUUUAACAGAAAAAAUAAUUUUAGUGCACUGAGAAUCUUAAUGAAAGUAAUUUAUUAGAUAACAUGCAUCAGGGGUCUGAUCUUUAGGCAAAUUUACAGAUGCCAAAAAAGGGAAGCACUGGGGGGCACAAAAUUUUCAUUUGCCAUACAACAUACUAUAGAUUUACACACAAUUGUACUAUUAAGAUGGAUGCACUUAUAGUUGCAUUUCUGCGGUCAUAUGUUGGGGAAAUUUAUUGGUUAGAAUUUUUCCUCUGAAUUUCUCCUUUUGUCUAAAUUAUUACAAUUAUCUUUUUUUCUUUCUCGGGGAAAUAUUUCCUGGAAGCUCAAAACAUUUUCUGGGACCAAUGGCCCUGUGGUCCGAUAUUUUUUGUUAAAAUAGUGGAUAUUUGCGGCAUCUGUCCCAACACAUUAAUUUAAAAAAUAAUUGUUGUUUGUUCAAAACUGUUUACACUAUAAACAAAGUUUAAUGAAGAAUAUCAAUGGAAUGGAAUUGAAUUGUGUUGUUCUUUAUUUUGUUUAGAUUUUUGUCGUUCUCUGCUACGAGAUGGUCGUGGUGCAGCGUUUGUCUGUCGACCAUCUUGUGGUGAACUGCUUCCUUUUCAAGAACGUAUUAUUGAAGUGACAGCUUACACUGAUAUGUGGGGAGAAUAUUCAGAUCACCUCAUCUGCAAGGUAUGCAGAAAUGUAGUGAUAUCAUUAUCUUACUCUGUGUGAAAAUGUUUUUGUUCUCUACUUAUCCAAAUGUAACAAUAUAUACCCUCCCCACUAUCCUGAGAACUUUUCAAUGAAAGACGUGACUGACAACAGAGCUCAUUAAGAAGUGCAAAUUUCACGUAGAAAUCAAAUCGUUUUAUUUAAAUGAUACUCUUUCAGAAUUCAUGGUUUGGAGACUGUAUGAAAUUCAUUAUAUCUAGGUUUAUACAAAAACUGGUCGUUUGUCAUGGGCGUAUUGUAUUUUUGUCAAAUCAACCAAUAGCAAUCUUCAAACCAACCAUAAAUAUUGUAGCAACCUUCAAACCAACUAUGAAUAAUAACUUUCAAACCAACCAUGAAUAGCAACUUUCAAACCAACCAUGAAUAGCAACUUUCAAACCAACCAUGAAUAAUAAUAACCUUCAAACCAACCAUGAAUAACAACUUUCAAACCAACGAUGAAAAGCAAUCUUCAAACCAACCAUGAAUAGCAACCUUCAAACCAACCAUGAAUAACAACCUUCAAACCAACGAUGAAUAGCAACCUUCAAACCAACCAUGAAUAGCAACCUUCAAACCAACCAUGAAUAGCAACCUUCAAACCAACCAUGAAUAGCAACCUUCAAACCAACCAUGAAUAGCAACCUUCAAACCAACCAUGAAUAGCAACCUUCAAACCAACCAUGAAGAGCAACCUUCAAACCAACCAUGAAUAGCAACCUUCAAACCAACCAUGAAUAGCAACCUUCAAACCAACCAUGAAUAGCAACCUUCAAACCAACCAUGAAUAGCAACCUUCAAACCAACCAUGAAGAGCAACCUUCAAACCAACCAUGAAGAGCAACCUUCAAACCAACCAUGAAUAGCAACCUUCAAACCAACCAUGAAUAGCAACCUUCAAACCAACCAUGAAUAGCAACUUUCAAACCAACCAUGAAUAACAACCUUCAAACCAACCAUGAAUAGCAACCUUCGAACCAACCAUGAAUAGCAACCUUCAAACCAACCAUGAAUAGCAACCUUCAAACCAACCAUGAAUAGCAACCUUCAAACCAACCAUGAAUAGCAACCUUCAAACCAAGAAAAUAGUUCUCGAUUAUUGAGAUCUAUUUUUUUGGUAAAAAAGAACUUUUUGGCGUGUGUGAUGUAACGAAGCCGCACUGAGCACGUAUAUGGAUAGGGUAAUUUUCAGCUGGACAAUAGGUCUUCGGAGUGUAUGUGCUAAAUAUAUUUCGUAUAUAGUUAUAUGGUAUUAUUUCAGUAUAAGCUCAGUAUGCGUUUCGGAUGAGGAAAGAGCGUAUGCUCUCCUUUUGUUUUACUUUAUGUCGGUAAUAUUUCAUUUGUAGGUUGAUGGACUACAGGACAAACUUAUUCCAAUAUUUUUGAAUGUAAAAGGAUGUCCUCUUAACUUUCAAAUGUCGAAGGAAAUAUCUCCAGUGGUUAGGUAAUACCUUAUUCAAUACUGACAAGCAGUUAGUCAGCAGGGCAGCUUAAUUGUCGAAUAGCCUGUCACAUAGGCGACGGUAGCGCCAAGAAUAGAAUAGAAAUAAAUUCGAAUGAGAAAACUUAUGAAGGUUUCAAACUUUUCGGUGCCUGAAAUGCCAAAGGAACAAGAUGACGUGGUUUCUGCCUGUCAAUUUUUUACCCAAAACGCAGGAAAUACCAUUUCAAAAACUCUAGAUUCCAAAACUUUCUGGGAGAGCACGCGCCCGCUCCUCCCCUAGAGUUUGUCAAUUAAGUACUCAAGUCCCCCAGUCAAGCCAACCUGGCAACCUUCUGCCGCAUGGCUUGCCAGCGCGGCAUAAUUUCAUUACAUUCUGGAUCUUUGAUUGGGUAUAAUGGUGAUAAAGUAUUUAAUUUUAAUUAUUUAUACUUUGCAAAAUUAUGAAUUCAACAAUUUGCAUACUAAGACAGCAUGUAUUGUCUAUCACCAGUAACUAUAUUACAUUCAGUUUUGUGUUUCCUACCAGGUUUGGUUCUCAUGUCUCUGGUGCUCCACCUGUUGAACGCGUUCUUCGUGUCAAUAAUACAAGUCCUUGUGGUUAGUACAUUAUGAUUUUUUCGCAUUGUCGUCUAAGGCAGGUGGCCAGAAAGGGGUCUAACGACAGAAAUUGGGUAGCACGUUUUGUAUAUUCUCUUCCUGGAAUAUAUUUUAACGCUACGUUUUCACACUGCGAACAAAGAGCAAGCAAACAAACUUACCUAUAAACAAGCAAACAAACAAACAAACAAACAAACAAACAAACAAACAAACAAACAAACAAACAAACAAACAAACAAACAAACAAACAAACAAACAAACAAACAAACAAACAAAUUGUUGUGUUACCUGUUUACUUAUAGAUAUUCGUCUUGAUUGGGAAGUGUACAAUAUCGAUGAGGAUGAUGAUCAAUUGAUUGAUCUUAUUAUUGAUAUUGGUGAUCCUCACCCGAAGAUAAUACAAGGCAAUGAAGUGGUACCUGCUAGACAGGACAGUGGUGUUCCUCUUAUUACUAUAGAUGUCCGUCAACAUAUUGGUAGACUGGAAAACGUACCUUUCAGUAUUAAACAAUCUCAGCAGGUAAGCUGUCGUUUAGUGACAUAAAAAUCAUGGGAACUUUCUCGACCAAACGGCAGUUAGUCUUCUAGAAUUUUUCUAUGACGUGGCAGUGCUACUAUAAAGACUCGAUCUUGCAAAUACCGGUAUAUCGUCGUCAUCAUACCGGUAUACACCGGUAUAUACGCGCUAGUGGUUACCAUGGUUGAAAUUAAUUUUGCGACAAAAAUUAUUGACGAAAAAAAGUUGAUAACCAGUUUUCGGCUGAACGAACGAGUGGAGAUUUUUAUGCUGAACAUCUAGGGCACCCUAUCUGUAACGGUAUCAUUUGGUGUAUUGGAUUUACAAAUUAUUACCUUCUCAUAUAAUGUUUUGUCCUGCACUUUGUUUUUCUUUUGUGUUCUUCACAGAUUGUCCCAGCAAGAAAACAUUCCGACCUGAAAGUUGUUUUCAAUCCUUAUUCAAGUAUGAAAUGUGAUGUAUGGUGUUCCUCAUUUUCGCUUGGUUUCAUCAGUUUGGAUAAUAUUGUGAGUCAAUA